GUUGCCGGCCCUUCCGGCGUCCGGCGGCCCUGCGGUUGCCUCAGUGAUGUCGUGGGUUCAAGCUGCUUCUUUGGUCCAAGGUGCUGAAGAGGAGGCGGACGUGUUUGACGAGGAAGCUGAUGAGUCGCUCCUGGUGCAGCGGGAAUGGCGGAGCCACAUGCAGAGACGAGUCAAAGAAGGCUACAGAGAUGGAAUAGAUGCUGGCAAAGCAGAUACUCUUCAGCAAGGCUUCAAUCAAGGUUAUAAGGAAGGUGCAGAAGUCAUCAUAAACUAUGGACAACUUAGAGGAACAUUGAGUGCUUUGCUCUCCUGGUGUCACCUUCAUGAUAAUAGUUCGGCUUUGAUCAGUAAAAUAAAUAAUCUUCUGGAUGCAGUUGGCCAGUGUGAAGAGUAUGUGCUCAGACAUCUGAAAUCAAUCACUUCACAGCCACAUGUUGUAGAUUUAUUGGACUCCAUUCAGGAUAUGGACCUUUGUCAUGUAGCUCCAGCUGAGGAAAAGAUUGAUGAAGCUAAAGAUGAAAGAUUCUGUGAAAAUAAUGCUGAGUUUAACAAAAACUGUAGUAAGAAUCUUAGUCGGGUAGAUUGUUCAUCUUUAGAAUGUUGUAGAGCCCAGGAGCAUGCACGCCCUGAAAACCCAAGCCUCACUUGGAUUUUAGAACAGACAGCCAGUUUGGUAAAACAGCUGGGAGUAUCAGUAGACAUACUACAACACCUCAAACAACUAUAAAAAUUACCUUCACUUUAAUAAUGGAAGCAAAAAAAAAAAAUAAUGGAAGCAGUGUUCAGAACAUUCUUAGAACAUUUUGUUUCUGAACAAGCUAACCAAAAUUUGCACUGAUUCCUGCACUUCACUUUGUAAGGGUAUCCCUUCAUGUAAUGUUGAAACAUCUUCAAAAUUAAUACUAUUAAAUGUGAUAUAAUCCUU